CAACUGGUACUACCACACAGAGCCGCAGCCGGGCCUGGAUGGCCGCGUGCUGUACUGGCCACGCGGCCGAGUCUGGGGAGGCUCCUCGUCACUCAACGCCAUGGUCUAUGUCCGUGGGCACGCCGAGGACUACGACCGCUGGCACCGCCAGGGCGCCGAGGGCUGGGACUAUGCGCACUGCCUGCCCUACUUCCGCAAGGCACAGAGCCACGAGCUGGGCGCCAGCAGGUACCGCGGAGGCCAGGGCCCGCUGCAUGUGUCCCGCGGCAAGACCAACCACCCACUGCACCAGGCCUUCCUGCAGGCGGCCCAGCAGGCUGGCUACCCCUUCACCGAGGACAUGAACGGCUUCCAGCAAGAAGGCUUCGGCUGGAUGGACAGGACCAUCCACAAAGGCAAGCGCUGGAGCACAGCCUGCGCCUACCUGCACCCAGUGCUGAGCCGCCCCAACCUCAGGGCCGAAACCCAGACGCUCGUGAGCAGGGUGCUGUUUGAGGGCACCCGUGCAGUGGGCGUGGAGUACAUCAAGAAUGGCCAGAGAUGCAGGGCUUAUGCCAGCAAGGAGGUGAUUCUGAGCGCAGGCGCCAUCAACUCUCCACAGCUGCUCAUGCUCUCAGGCAUCGGGAAUGCAGAUGACCUCAAGAAACUGGGGAUCCCUGUUGUGUGCCACCUGCCUGGAGUUGGCCAGAACCUGCAAGACCACCUGGAGAUAUACGUUCAACAGGCGUGCACCCGCCCCAUCACCCUCCAUUCAGCACAGAAGCCCUUGAGGAAGGUCUGCGUUGGCCUGGAGUGGCUCUGGAAAUUCACAGGGGACGGAGCCACUGCUCAUCUGGAAACGGGUGGGUUCAUCCGCAGCCAGCCUGGGGUCCCCCACCCAGACAUCCAGUUCCAUUUCCUGCCGUCCCAAGUGAUUGACCACGGACGGGUCCCCACCCAGCAGGAGGCUUACCAGGCACAUGUGGGGACCAUGCGGGGUACGAGCGUGGGCUGGCUCAAACUGAGGAGUGCCAACCCCCAGGACCACCCUGUAAUCCAACCCAACUACUUGUCAACUGAAACCGAUAUUAAGGACUUCCGUCUGUGUGUGAAGCUGGCCAGAGAAAUUUUUGCCCAGGAAGCCCUGGCUCCAUUCCGGGGGAAAGAGCUCCAGCCAGGAAGCCACGUGCACUCAGAUAAAGAGAUAGAUGCCUUUGUGCGGGCAAAGGCCGAGAGCGCCUACCACCCCUCAAGCACCUGUAAGAUGGGCCAGCCCUCUGAUCCCACUGCAGUGGUGGACCCACAGACCAGGGUCCUUGGGGUGGAAAGCCUCAGGGUUGUCGAUGCCUCCAUCAUGCCCAGCAUGGUCAGUGGUAAUUUGAACGCCCCCACCAUCAUGAUCGCAGAGAAAGCAGCGGACAUCAUUAAGGGGCAGCCUACACUCUGGGACAGAGAUGUCCCUGUCUACAAGCCCAAGACCCUGUCCACCCAGCGUUAAGGCAGUUGCUGCCUGAGGAUGACUGAGGGUGCCUCCUGACAAACCAGGAGGGCCAGCACAGCCCUUGCUGCAAAUGCUCCAUCCUGAAAUGUCUAGAACAGUAGGACCCAGGUGGCACCCUAGACAGUGGCUGAGAAUUGGGUAAUUUCUUAGGGAGAC